AUGACUAUCUUCAAGUGGUUCGACCGUCGCGGCGACCAGGAGGCCGAGGGGCCCGGCAGCCCUAAGAAGCCUUUAGAGCCCACGAUCGUCUCGCUGGGCUCGUCGCCACCAGAUACUCCUGCGACCGGAGUUCUCUCGCCGGCCGGAGGGGAGGAGGUGCUGGCCUUGGAUAAGCGCCCGGAAUUUGGUCGUUUGGCCUCGUGGAGAGGCGGGUUGAUCUUGCUGGUGACAUCCGGCUCUCAGUUCCUGGACAAUGUGUUCAUGACCAGUGCCAACAUGGCACUCUCGUCCAUUCAAGAUGAAUUCGGCGUCUCUAGUAACAACCUGCAAUGGAUGAUUUCGGCAUACACCUUGACCUUUGGUGGUUUCCUGCUCCUGGCCGGAGUGUUGUCCGAUCGCUAUGGACGAAAGAAUAUACUUUGCCUUGGCCUGAUCUGGCUCUCCAUAUGGACCUUGGCGAUCGGAUUCGGACAGUCGUUCAUUCAGCUCACCAUCUUCCGUGGACUGGAGGGAAUCGGCGCCGCUAUGACGGUACCGUCUGCCAUUGGCAUCAUCAGUUCUUACUUCACUGGCAAAGACCGAACUCGCGCUCUCUCUAUCUACGCAUCGGCUGGUACGAUCGGUUUCUGCGCGGGUCUGAUUUUCGGUGGCUUCCUGACAUCCUCUUUGGGGUGGAGGUACAUCUUCUAUUUCAUCGUUAUCAUCACCGGCUCGCUAGCCGCCCUGGGCGCGAUUGUGCUGCCUAAGGAUAUUUACAUGGAGCGCACGAAGGUUAAGAUGGACUACUUCGGUGCCAUUCUGUCGACCGCCGGUCUUAUUCUGCUGCAAUUUGUGCUAUCCGGUGGCGGGGUGUAUGGCUGGAGCCAGCCCUUUAUCAUCGUGCUCUUGAUUCUCGCCGUCGCUAUGCUGGUGGGAUUCGUGCUGCUGGAGAAGUACAUCAGCUAUCCCAUCAUGCCGCUUUCCUUAUGGAAAAUCCGCAACUUUGCUGGAUUGUGGAUCGCUGGUUUCACCUGCUACGGAAGCUACCAAAAUGUCAUCUACUACAUCGUCCUCAUGGCGCAGCAGGUAGACAAUCUCUCGUCAGGCGAUACGGCCCUCCGCUUCCUACCCAUGGGAGUCAUCGGUUUCAUCGCAUCCAUGGGCACGGGCAAGCUCCUGGAAUAUUUCAACGGAAAAUAUCUGCUCCUGAUAGGACUGUUCCUCACCGCGGUUGCUCCGAUUCCUAGCGCGAUCACUUCCAGUCCCGAGACGAGCUUCUGGGUUAAUGUUCUUCCCACCUCCCUGAUCAGCAUUACGGCCGUGUCAUUUAUCUUUGUUACAACGAGCACCGUCAUGUUGACCAGUGUACCCACUGAAAUCAAGAGCCUUUGUGGUGGCAUGCUCAACACCGCAUUCCAAAUCGGAUCGGGUGUCGCAUUGGCCAUCUCCGCUGCCGUCACCGAAGCCGCGGACAUCGAGAAGGGACACGGUCUGGCGCAGCAAUACUCCACCGGUCUCUGGUGUUCUGUCGGACUGGGCGCUCUGGGCCUCGUCAUCGGAUUCUUCGCCGUCCGUCGCAAGGGCAUCGGACCUGAAGACCGCAUGGGCGACCCGGUUGCCAUCUAA